GGUUCAGGAGGAGGAGGAGGGUGGAGAGGCGGAGGUGGUGGAUCGGGAAUCCAAACCUCCAGCAGCCAGAGAGUCCUUUCUCAGGCUACUCUCGAUGUGAUGUGUCCGUACAAAGGAUGGGCUCUCUACUUCACAGACAGCUUCAUUCAGAGCUCGCCGAGUGUGGAGAAGAUCAAAGUGUUUGAGAAAUAUUUCACAUCAAAGAUUCAACUGUACGACAAGGAUGAGAUUGAGCGUCAGGGCAGUGUCCUGGUGGAUUAUGCUGACUUGACUGGAGAUAAAACCGUGCGUAAAGCUCUUCCUGAUCUGACCACGCAGCUGAAGGAACAGCCGGAGGUGAUACUCAACUGUUUGGGAGUGGCCAUUCACCAGGUGUUGACUAUAGAUUUGGAGAAACAGGCCGCGGAGCUACAAGGGGAGGAGCUUCCUGUCGCUACACCCAUCAUCAACAUCCCUCACAUUAGCGCGAGGUUGUAUAACUAUGAACCGCUGACUGCCUUGCGGACAUUGCGUGCCAGUGUGUUUGGACGACUGGUGUGUGUGAGGGGAACGGUGGUCAGAGUGAGCAACAUUAGACCUCUGUGCACCAGGAUGGCCUUCAGGUGUCUGGGCUGCUCGCACACUCAGUCUCUGCCACUGCAGCAUGGGAAGUACGCCACACCUACCAAGUGUAUCCAGCCCAGCUGUCGCAGUCGCUCCUUCACCCCCAGCCGCAGCUCCCCUCUUACUCACACUGUAGACUGGCAGAUCAUCAAGGUGCAGGAGUUGAUGGGCGGCGAGCAGAGGGAGACCGGACGAAUCCCACGCACCGUAGAGUGUCACCUGACCUCUGACCUCUGUGACAGCUGCGUCCCUGGAGACACGGUUACAGUGACGGGGAUAGUUAGAGUCACCAACGAUGGUAUCUCCCGAGGGAACAAGGAUCAGUGUAUGUUCCUCCUCUACCUUGAAGCCACUUCAGUCAGCAACACUAAAGGUCAGCAGUCCAAGUCAGGUCAGGGGUCGCUGGAAGAUCGUGCUGGAGGGGAGGAGUUCAGUCUGAAGGAGCUGUACGCCAUCCAGGAGAUCCAGUCACAGCCUGACCUGCUGAGACUCAUAGUGCAGUCUUUGUGUCCUGCCAUCUACGGCCACCUGCUGGUGAAAGCUGCUCUGGCCUUGGCACUUUUUGGAGGCCGACAGAAACACACGGGCAAGAACAGCGUCCCAGUCAGAGGAGACUCACACAUCCUGAUGGUGGGAGACCCUGGACUGGGAAAGAGUCAGAUGUUACAGGCUGUGUGCAAUGUGGCUCCCAGAGGAAUCUAUGUGUGCGGCAACAGCACGAGCACCACAGGACUAACAGUGACUUUAUCCCGAGACUCAGGAACAGGUGAUUUCGCUCUGGAGGCCGGAGCCUUGGUGCUCGCUGACCAAGGCCUGUGCUGCAUUGAUGAGUUUGAUAAGCUGGGCAGCCAGCAGCAGGCCCUGCUUGAAGCCAUGGAGCAGCAGUCUGUGAGUCUGGCUAAGGCUGGAAUAGUUUCCUCUCUGCCUGCCAGAGCAUCAGUCAUCGCUGCUGCGAACCCCAUCGGAGGACAUUACAACAGAGGAAAGACCGUCUCUGAGAAUCUCAAGAUGGGCUCAGCUCUUCUCUCUCGAUUCGACAUUGUCUUCCUCCUCCUGGACAUCCCAGAUGAGUCACACGACCGCCACCUGUCUGAACACGUCAUGGCGAACAGGGCAGGGAAAGGCCGAACCAGCAGCGCCAUAGUAAGCAGGGCUAACAGUGACUUAGAGACCUCCAUCCUGCUGGAACACUCAGACAUGCCGCUGUCUGAACGUUUGCAGAUCCCUGCAGGUGAAACCGUAGACCCCAUCCCAGUGUCUUUGUUGAGGAAGUACAUCAGCUACGCUCGUCAGUAUGUCUAUCCCUCACUCUCUCCCGAGGCAGCACAGAUGAUUCAGGCAUUCUACCUUUCCCUGAGAUCUCAGGCUCACUCUGCUGACUCCACCCCCAUCACCACACGACAGCUGGAGUCUUUAAUCAGACUCACUGAGGCACGAGCCAGAUUGGAGCUCAGAGAGACGGCAACCAAAGGUGAUGCUGAAGAUGUGGUGGAGAUCAUGAAACACAGUCUGGCUGAUACAUACUCAGAUGGUCUGGGCAAUCUGGACUUUGAGCGCUCUCAGCUGGGAUCAGGCAUGAGUCAGCGCAGCGCUGCAAAACGACUGGUCAACGCCCUGCACGCUCACGCUCAGAGGACCAACCAGAAGCAGUUUGACCUGCAAACACUUCGAUCUGUGGCCGACAGAUUGAACAUCAGGGUGAUGGAUUUCGAAGGUCUGGUGAGUUCCCUGAACGAACAGGGUUUCCUGCUGAAGAAAGGAGCCAAGCUGUACCAGCUGCAAACUGUCUGAUCACUGACAGCCGCAACAAACCUGCUCCUUCCUGCAGACCUCACCACAAGGUCAGUGUUCAGGAUAACUGCACAGGGUAGGACAGGAUAGAGAGGAGGGAAAAAACUCAGCGGGGAACCGCUUAUCAAGACCACUUUCACCAAACCACCAACCAGCAGACAACUGUGUAACCGUUUGAAGAGACUGUACUGAGACUGCAGGAUCGUACAGCCGCCACAGUUUCCUGCAUGAACACACACUUCCUGCUGAAAAGAGGAACUGACUCUGCAUUUAUAUACACACAAAGCUUCAAACUAAACAUGGUGUUCUUUAUCCUGACUGUAAUUUGGCUGUGCUUUCACCAGCUAAUUGGGACUUCAGUGUUUACUCAAGACUACUGGAAAUGUUAUUUAGUGCCCUGUCUCUUCAAGGAUGUGAUGUGAUGUGUCACAGAUAUAGUUAAGAGACUUUUCACAUAUUUAAAACCCUAAAAUGGCAAGGUAAGGAUUGUCCAACUGCCUGGGGCAAGAAAAAUGGCACUUCUAGCUCAUAAAUAUAGUAACUCACCUGCCCUAUCAGGUAAGUGGUAACAAAUAGUUGCUCAUGUGUCAAUUGCGAGAAGUUAAAGACAAGGGUAAAGACAAAGUUUAUGUGCAGAAGAGCAAGCAAGCAUUUUGGUUACCCUGGAAACAGGAGUUUAAUUGGAUGAGGAUGACACUGUAUUGUGCAGUUUGCCGCAAGUUUGAGAGCAAGGCCAAUAAAAAGGGAUUCUUUUUUCAAAGGCACGUCAAGUUUCCGAAAAAACGUUGCUGGUGUGCAACAACAAGAGCCAACAGCAUCUCACUUACACGGCAGCUAAGAGGGCCUCUGACAAAUCAAACGAUAUGUAUAGAGCAGUGGUAGGCAACCUGCAACUCUAGAGCCAUAUGCGACUAAAAUGUGCAUCAUACGUUUACGGCCUGGUGCCUUUCCCUCUACCUUUUGCCAACCUCAGUAGCAGUGGCUCGUCUUUAGCCCCCUAGCUUGGCUAGCUAUGGCUGCAAGUCCAUAAAACUCUCAGAGGAAUAUACAGAAUUUAAAAGUGCGUAGACAGAUUAUUUUGCUUUCACUGCCAAUGCUGCAAAAGUAAGGUACCAAAUUAUCAUAAAUAUCCCACUGCAGAGGAGCCAUCCUGUGGUGAAACAUAUCUUUGAAUGCUUGUUUAAACCUAUUUCUAAUAUCGACAGGCUAAUUUAGACUUAAUAUGCAGUGCUACCAUAAGGCUCAAAUAUGUUUUGCAGCUCCAGGCAGAUUUCUUUUAAAUUACUUUUGGUCAAAAACGGCUCUGUUGAUGAUUAAGGUUUCUGACCACUGGUAUAGGCAAAAAGCAAAAGCAAAGCAAAAACUGACUUCAGGCAAGUAGAGUUUCUGACCCACAAACCAGCAAGUGAAGAAAGGCAUUAACGGUGAACCCUGCAGGUACACUUUGCUUUUAAUGUACAUGUAUUUUUACAGCACAUGGUGACGUUCAAAUAGCAGCUGUAUCUAAAUUUUGUUUCUGUUAUAUUUUAAAGGACAGUCGGUCUUUGGCAGUGCGCUGAACUUCAGAGAAGUGCUGAUAUAUUAGAUAAAUUCUACGUAUGUGGUUUCACUGUCUGACUGCUGAGUUGAUUUAUACUUUUUGUUCUUUACACAGGUGACUUUGUUCCAUAGAGACUUUUCUGAAUACAUUUAAAAUGUACUAUAUUUUAUGUUCUUUUUAUGUAAAUAAAUGACAUGUAUAUUUAUGUAUAUAUUUCUGUUAUCAUUUGAACAGUUGCUUCCUUUUGCUGCCAUUUUAUUGUUAACAUAAUUUUCAAUGUUCUAACAUACUGACUUUGGGAUUGACAUCAAGGGUCUCGUGUGUGUCGGUCUGUAAUAUGUUGAUCCAAAAAGUUCUCAUUUUGUCUCAAACGUUCUGGACUGUCGACUGUGUCUGGGUUCUUUUUGUAUGAUGUGCUCUUUAUUAUUAAACAUUCACUUUAUACAUUA